UCCGCCGCACAACCACAUCCAUCACAUCGAACAUCAUCAGGAUUUGCGAGCACUGCCCACCGGUUCGAGACAUCUUCCCCUCCUCUUUCUUUCUGUCCUAGACAUUCUGGAGCUGGUUCUCCCUUAAUCGUGCUCGAUAAUCGUCACUUUCUAUCCACAUUCAGUAGCUCUGGAAGCUAUCACCGUCAACAUGUACAGCCGCCACACAACACCGCCUGUUUCCUCGUACAACUACAUUCCCGGUAGUGUCGGAUCAGAUGUCACAUACUACUCGCAAGAGUCGUCCCCAGCACCGAACGUGGCCCCUACACCUCCCCGAUCGCCCGUUCGCCAGCUUGGACCUACCCUCCUCCCCAAGGUCCGCACUCAGGAUCAGAUCGCCGAACCCACAGCCGGACCCAUCAGACAUCGCAGGACGACGUCUUCUGUCUCGAAUGUCAGCUAUGGCUACAGCCCCUACUCACGCCCGGUUUCCCAGCCGUACCGUGAGUCGAGCCCCUACACCCACAACAACAUGAUCUCGCCCGUGUCCAACGGCUCCUGCGACUUCAACGGGCUGUCCAUGCUCAACUCCCCCAUCACAUUCACGCCAUCCGAGGGCCGCCGAGCGUCGUCGUACGCCCCCACCCACUCGCGCUCCAGCUCUGUCAACGCUGCUCGUCACGUGAGGGCCACCUCUGCCAACAGCAUCGAUGAGUCCACCAUCAGCCGCUACGGGUUCCCCACCUACCGCAACAUCCCCAGCUACGCGCCCGCCCCCAGCGCGCCUCAGCAGACCUUCACCACAUCCCCUGUCGAGUACUCGUCGCUGCAGCAGGCCCCUAGCUACACUGCCCAGGCCCUCGACUUCCCUCUUCUGGACUUCGAGCCUGCCCCUGCUGUCCAGUACCCUACCUUCACAGAGCAGCCUAGCUUCGAUGCCUACCAGCCCGUUGCUACAUCCUCUCUGCUCGAGUACCUCAGCGGCGCCAACCCCUCUCCCGCUCUGGUCCGUCGCGUCACAGCCGCUCCCCGCGGCAUCCACAACCACUUCUGGUGGGAUGUGCGCAACCUCCGCAGCUGGGAGGACUUCAACAUUGCUGCCAUCAAGGAGAUCCCCUCCGUUCUCCCCCUCCUUGAGGUUCCCGUCUCCCAGUCCUACCUUCCCCAGCCCAGCCGCCAGAACAUGCAGCCCGAGCACGAGUCGGCUCUGCACGACAUCUGCACAAACCACUACGCCAGCAAGGUCAAUGCUGCCCUCAAGAUCGCCCAGGGCAACAGCCACAUGCAGAUGCGCGCCAUCAAGCCCGUUCCCGGUGCCCGCGAUCAGCCCCAGUUCGUCUCCAGCUACCCCUCCGACUUCGAGAAGACCCUCUUCGGCGACGCUCGCGGCCGCGUCGUCGGUCUCGUCAAGUGCUACGACAACUGGAACACCGGCAUGCGCAGCGAGUCCGCGCCCAAGCAGGUCCUCUACCUCCAGGGCCUGGCCCACCUCCAGCGCGUCAUGCGCGAGCACGGCUGCCGCUACGGCUUCAUCAUGACCGAGAUCGAGCUGCUGUGCGUGCGCGCGGGCGGCGACUCCUCGACCCCCGACCCCACCACCUUCAACGCCGCCUCCGGCAUGCCCAUCUUCGGCUACCUGGAGCUGUCGGCGCCGAUCUCGCUCUCGACCUCCGGGCCCUCGGCGUCCGGCGACGUCCAGCUCACCGCCUCCCUCGCCCUGUGGUACCUCCACAUGCUCGCCAAGGAGAACCCGUUCGAGGGCAUGGGCACCUGGCGCAUGGAGGUCGGCGGCCCCGCCGCCCUGACCCGCCAGAACCAUCUCGAGAAGGACGCGUGGAUCCCCAAGCCGCAGCUGGGCGAGAAGCGCGAGGCGAAGCGCGUCCGCGGGUGGGUGAUGCCCGAGGAGCCGCUGAGCAAGCGCGAGUGCGGCAAGGGCCGCCGCGGCAAGAGCGUUGGCUAAGCGGAAGGAGCGAUUGGUUUGACAACAACGAUGACGAAUUUUCAUGAUGGAGGACGAGGAUGACGACGAGUAACGAUAAUACCCCGGCUGCCGGCCAGCUAUCCAGCAUCAACGGCGUGAGCAUUUCCACAGCAUUGCAACAGGCGUUUUUCAGCAUUUUCCCCGGCGCGGGUUUCCCACGGCUUGGCUAGUCCGGCUGUUUCUUAUAUAGUUCAGAGCUCACAUGCUCAGAAUAGUUUGUAAUGCUACGAUUGCAUACAA